AUUCCUCCCAAGUAUUUACAAGAGGAUGAAAUCAGUGAUGAGUGUAAGAAAUUGCUCUUAACUCUACCAAAAGAAAGAGGAUGGCUUACAUCACAUAGCUACAAUUACCAAGGUUUUUGGGCAAUACCAAGAAUCAUUCAAGGUGGGAUAAGCGUUUAUGGUCCAUUUUGGGAUCACGUGUUAGACUAUUGGAAACAAAGCAUAGAAAAUCCUAACAAAGUACUUUUCUUGAUGUAUGAAGAAAUUAAAGAACAACCAAAAUUGCAUCUUAAGCGUUUGGCUGAAUUCUUGGAAUGUCCAUUUUCUAUAAAGGAAGAAAAUUGUGGAGUUGUAGAUGAAAUAUUAAGAAUGAGUAGCUUUAAGAAUUUGAGCAAUUUGGAGGUGAAUACAACUGGAGCAGAAAAUAAAGUGUUCUUUCGUAGAGGAGAAAUUGGAGAUUGGAAGAAUUAUUUUACUACAGAGAUGAGUGAGAAACUCAAUUAUAUCAUUGAACAAAAAUUUCAAGGAUCUGGACUGAAAUUUUCAUAUAUUUGAUUAGGGAUUAUUUUAUUUGCUUCGAAACAUAAUAUUGGAGUAUAUGUUUUUGAGAUAUGUGUAUUUGAGAUUCAUGUAACAAGAACAUAUAUAUCACAAAAAUUCUACUAGUAAUAUAAUGGUACUGUUUUA